AUGGAUACUUGGAAUGAUAUAACAGACUCGAUGGAUCCGAAUAACGGCAACAAGUAUGAGCUUAAAUCACAAAGUGAUCAUAUUCGUAAGUUGCUAAAGAUGUGCUGCCGAAAUUCUUUGGCGAAGAAGGUGGAUGAUUCUAAUGACACUGACUCGGAUGAUAUCGACUCUGAUGUAUCCAAAAAUGAAGACGAUGAUGGAAACAGUUCUGAUGAGGAUUAUUGUGAAGAAGAAGAAGAUAAAGAAGAUGAAGGCUUUUAUGAAAUAGUGUAUGUAGACGAAGAAGAUAGUGAAGGCGAUGAUGAGGAUGACACUGAUGAUACUGAAGACGAUGAAUAUGAUUCUGAAUAA